GCGACGGCCGAGGACCACAUCGCCCGGUAGUCGCCUUUCCGAGGAUGGUGUAGUUGGCGACCCCCGGGGGAACGAUUGACACGAGCAAGAAGCGAGUGAAGGGAGGGGAGGGAAGAGAGGGAAGGAAGGCAGGACCGGCUGGUGAGAGAGGAGCUCUGUUUCCAUGGCUUCUGCGCGGUUGGUGAGGGCGACCAUGGUGGCCCUGCCUUCCGCUGUCUGUGUUUACAGGUGCAGCAGUGGCAGCAAUUCGGCCUCCGCAUUGCGACCGGCCUUUCAUCGCAGGUUCGUCGCGGUCUCGGCUUGCGCAUCGGCCGAGGGUUCUUCGCCCGCUGGGGGCUUCACGAAUAAUUCUCCGCAGCCUGUGUCGUCCGUGAGAAUCAGCAGGAAGCAGCAGAGAGCUCAAUCGGCGAGGGUUGUGAGUCAGCAGAGUAGCACUCGAGUGACCGAGGAGAAUGCAGGAGGGUCGGAGUACGAAGCUGUUAUCGGAAUUGAAACUCAUGUACAGCUCGCUACCGCGACCAAGGCAUUUUGUUCCUGCCCUUCGCAGUAUGGGUCAGAGCCGAAUGCCAAUGUGUGUCCCAUCUGUAUGGGCUUGCCGGGUUGCUUGCCUGUUCUGAACGAAAAAUGUGUGGAGUUCGGCGUAAGGCUUGGUCUGGCACUUCAUUCGGACAUUGCUCUCAAGUCGAAGUUCGACAGAAAGCAAUAUUUUUAUCCGGAUCUUCCGAAAGGGUACCAAAUUUCGCAAUUCGACAUUCCUAUUGCCAGCAAUGGGUUUCUCGAAGUAGACUUGCCUGUAGAGUGUGGAGGAGGUCACAAAAGAUUCGGUAUCACUCGGGUGCAUAUGGAAGAAGAUGCCGGGAAAUUGAUCCAUGCUGGUGCGGAUCAGCUCUCCGGCUCGACUCACUCUCAGGUGGAUUUGAAUAGAGCUGGAGUGCCUUUGUUGGAGAUUGUUUCAGAGCCUGAUAUGCGCACAGGCCUAGAAGCUGCUGAAUAUGCAGCAGAGCUACAACGGACUGUGCGUUACUUGGGUGUUGGGAACGGAAACAUGCAAGAGGGCUCCAUGCGCUGUGAUGUUAACAUCUCAGUGAGACCAAAGGGGCGAGCCCAAUUUGGUACGAAGGUGGAGAUUAAGAAUAUGAAUUCCUUUUCUGCAAUGCAACGAGCAAUAGAAUAUGAAUUUGAAAGGCAAGUCCAACUCAUUGAUGAAGGCGAAGGUGACAAGAUAGUUCAGGAGACAAGGCUUUGGGAAGAAGCAGCUCAGCGAACGACAACCAUGCGGAAGAAAGAAGGUCUUGCUGAUUAUCGUUACUUCCCUGAACCAGAUCUGCCCGAAGUGAUUUUGAACGAAGAGUAUAUUGAAUCCGUCAGAGCAACUCUGCCCGAGUUGCCGAACGAAAAGAGACGACGCUAUGAGACCUUAGGGCUCAGCAUGCAGGAUAUUCUCGUUCUAACAAACGACAUUGAUGUUGCAGCAUAUUUUGAUGCUGUGUUAGAAAAGGGUGGUGAUGUUAAAAUGGCGGCGAACUGGAUCAUGGGGGAUAUCACGGCGUAUUUGAAGAACGAGAAGCAAUCAAUUACCGAAUUGAAAUUAACUCCUCCAACACUUGCCGAGCUCAUAGGCCUGAUCAAAGAUGGUACCAUUAGCGGUAAAAUAGCCAAGGAGAUUCUCCCCGAGCUGCUUGAAAGCGGAGCAAGUGCUAAAAGUAUCGUAGAGAAGAAAGGCCUACUUCAGAUUUCGGAUGUUGCCACUAUAGAGAAAAUGAUUGACGAGGUCUUGGAAAAAAACUCAAGCCAGUUAGAGGCUUACAGAGGUGGUAAAACAAAACUGCAGGGCUUCUUUGUCGGCCAGGUGAUGAAGGCAUCUGGAGGGAAGGUCAACCCAGCAUUGAUGAAUAAGUUAUUGAUAGAAAAAUUGAACGGAUGAUACUUAAGUAUAUCGAUCUGGCGCUUCCAGCGAGGUGGCCUUCAUCCGUGUACUAUAUCAUUUUAUUAUUGCCAAUCUGAAAUGGGAGGAAGGUUUACGCAUGUCUAUGUGAUGACGGGUGUUUUUUGUUUCAGUAGUGGC